GCCUCAACCAACCAGUAACCGUUUACACAACCAGAUAUGAAUUUGUUUUCUUCCCUUCAGAUAUUUUUCUCGAUAACGCUAAAUCACUGCUCUCUCACACUCUUCCUGCAUCAACAGACGGUCUACCUUCAACUAUUCAAUCCAUUUUUUCAUGUUGACAUUCAAAUUUGGAGUAAAUUGCUUCCUAAUUUACCCAAGAAGUUGCCAGUGCAAGUAUGAAGGGGCACCCGGAAGUUCUGAUGCCCAGCCGAAAGAGAAAUUUAAGCGCGAUAGUCUCUACAUAAACGACCAAGGGAAAUUCAAACACUUCAAUCAUAAAAAAGUUUCAAGGAAAAGGGGUGGUUCUUUAAGGGGGCAGGGAUGGAAAUAUGGAUCAGGAUUUGUGGAUGGAAUAUUCCCAGUGCUGAGCCCUGAUGCUCAGCAGAUUUUGAAUUUCAUGAAAAAGGAGAUGGAUUUGAACAGGGUAUGGGAUGCUCUUAGUAGUCUUCCUCCUACUCACACUACAUGGGAUGACAUCAUCAGCGUUGCUGUUCAACUUCGUCUCAAUAAAAGAUGGGAUCCGAUCAUAACGAUGUGUGAAUGGAUAUUGUACAGGAGUAGUUUCCAGCCUGAUGUAAUCUGCUACAAUUUACUUAUCGAUGCUUUUGGACACAAGUCAUGCGCUAACAAGGCAGAGUCUACUUAUUUGAACCUUCUAGAAGCUAGGUGCAUUCCUACUGAGGAUACUUAUGCACUUCUUCUGAGGGCCUAUUGUACAUGUGGAUUACUAGAGAAAGCCGAAGUUGUCUUUGUGGAAAUGCAGAAAUACGGUCUUUCACCAAGUGCAGUGGUGUAUAACGCGUAUAUUGAUGGGCUAAUGAAGGGUAGAAACACGCAGAAAGCUAUAGAGAUCUUUCAAAGGAUGAAGAGAAAUAGCUGCCAACCCUCAACCGAUACCUAUACAAUGUUGAUCAACUUAUACGGGAAGGCAAACCGUUCGUACAUGGCUUUGAAGGUUUUCCAAGAAAUGAAGAGUCAAAAGUGCAAACCAAAUAUCUGUACUUACACCGCUUUGAUAAACGCAUUUGCUCGAGAAGGCCUCUGUGAGAAAGCAGAGGAGAUAUUCGAACAGCUACAGGAAGCUGGGAUCGAGCCCGAUGUUUACUCUUAUAACGCACUAAUGGAAGCCUACAGUCGGGCAGGAUUUCCUUAUGGUGCGGCAGAAAUCUUUUCGCUUAUGCAGCAUAUGGGCUGUGAACCAGAUAGAGCAUCAUUUAACAUUAUGGUUGAUGCGUAUGGAAGAUCUGGUCUUCAUGAAGAUGCUCGAUUAGUCUUUGAGGAGAUGAAGCGGCUAGGAAUUGAACCAACCAUGAAGUCACAUAUGGUCCUUCUAUCAGCCUAUUCGAAAGCCGGUAACGUGUCAAAAUGUGAAGAAAUAGUGAGCAAAAUGCACAAGUCAGGGCUCGAGCCGGAUACAUUCGUGCUCAACACAAUGCUAAACGUUUAUGGGCGAAUGGGUCAUUUCAAAAAGAUGGAAGAAGUUUUAGCAGUUAUGGAAAACAGACCGUAUGCACCCGACAUCAGCACUUACAACAUCUUGAUCAAUAUGUAUGGACGUGCAGGCUAUUUUGAACAAAUGGAAGAAAUUUUCAGACUGUUACCAGCUAAGAAUUUGCAAAGGGACGUGGUGACGUGGACUUCUCGUCUUGGAGCAUAUUCUAGGAAGAAACAGUACACGCGAUGCUUACAAAUCUUUGAAGAAAUGAUCACCGAUGGAUGUUAUCCCGAUGGAGGUACCGCAAGAGUUCUUCUUUCGUCUUGUUCUACCAAAGAGCAAGUUGAACAAGUGUCUUUAGUUCUUAGGACAAUGCAUAAAGAUAUGAAAACCGAGCUACAAUAAUGACAAAAGCGACUCAAACAUACGUCUCGAUAAUACAAUCAGAAUUUAAUUAUUACAAAUCCACGUUUAAGUAAA